UUGGCUCUGCCACGCCUCUUUGGCCACGCUGCAUGAGUUGGUGUCUAAAGCGAUAAGAAUAUUCCCACGUAUGUAAGAGUUCUGUAUGCACGUGUUAAAUAAGGUUUAGAUGGCUUCUAAAGGUGGUGCAAGAGCUAAAGGUACCGAUGGAACUGACUAUGGACAUCGGGAGACAAUUGCAUCUCACUAUCAAAUCAGCUCUACGAAUAAGAGGAGGCUGAAAAUAACUGUAGUCCUUCACAUGCUUCUUCUCAUUUUUGUAAUCCUGAAGUUAUCAACUGAAAUUUUGCAGUUUGUUAAUAUAUCACCGAUGAAAUUUUAUGAUAUAAAGUUUCCAAAAGCAAUUUUGUGGGAAUGGGUUUGGCUUAGUAGCGUUAUUUUCACAUUAGCAGCAUUCUAUGGAUUAAGAAAGAAUAAUGUUAUGGCUAUGAAAGUAUACAGUGUUGGUAUAUUUGUUUGUGGCAUUAUUCCUUUGGUCGGUGCUAUAGCUUAUCAUUCUGGAGACUUAAAAGUGUUCUUGUUGUCUGAUAAUAUUGGCACCAAUGUGGAAAAAUUCAGAGGUGUACCUGUUGUUUUAAUAACUUGUAUUUUUGUUAGUAUUACAUUUCUUGUUCACUCAUUGUCUAUCAUAUUUGCUGUGAAUUUGAUCAGAGCUUGGACACCUAAAAAAGGAAAAAAGAAAGCAUAGACUCCUUUUGUUAUUUUAAAAUAAAAUAUAUGUUUUCUUU